AGUCGCACUUUUUCUCAUUCAAUAGUCAUCACAACUUCUUCUUCUCAUAACCCUUUGCAAGAAGGAAGAUUCAUAUUGAGAACACUGCUAUCUCUGUCUUCCUUCAUCUUCUUCUUUCUGCAAAUCAAGGGUUAUUUAUUUAUUCUUUUUAUUCAUUCCAUUCUCUCAAUAUGGCUACUAACACCAUUCACGGAAACAAUGAAUCUGCUCAACCCAACAACAUUGCUUCCUCAAAGCAGCCUCUCCCUCCUGCCAAGACAGUUGAUUCUCAAUCUGUUCUCAGAAGGCUGCAAUCUGAAUUGAUGGCUUUGAUGAUGAGUGGAGAUUCUGGGAUAUCUGCAUUUCCUGAAGAGGACAACAUAUUUUUCUGGAAAGGAACAAUCAGUGGAAGCAAAGAUACUGUGUUUGAAGGCACAGAGUAUAAGCUGUCUCUCUCUUUUCCCAAUGAUUACCCUUUUAAGCCUCCAAAAGUCAAGUUUGAAACAACCUGCUUCCACCCCAAUGUUGAUGUGCAUGGCAAUAUAUGCUUAGACAUACUCCAGGAUAAAUGGUCAUCUGCAUAUGAUGUCAGAACAAUUCUUAUAUCCAUCCAAAGUCUGCUUGGAGAGCCAAACAUUAGUUCACCACUAAACCCACAAGCAGCACAGCUAUGGAGCAAUCAAGAAGAAUACAGGAAGACGGUUGAGAAGUUGUACAAAUCUGGAAAUUGAUGAAUCUAGUGGGAGAAAAGAUGAAGCCACAGUUGGUUUUUUAGGUGUCCUUUUCUGAGGAGCCUGUUUUUAUAUUUUUAUCAUUUACCAAUCAUUGUAUGUUCCUUUCUUUUCUUUACAAUCAAAGGUUAAAAGGUUCUGUUA